AUGUAUAUAAGUGUAUAUAAGUCCCAGCCGUCCCCAGGAACCUCGUGUGGAACAUCUCCGCCUCAGCCUCGUCCUCAUCUUCGGCCUCGGGACAUUGUCCUUCGAGGUCCGACUUGCAGUACCUUUGCCGGCGGCGUCAGUAGGCGACCCCCCCCCCCCCCGCCCCACGCCUCCUGCGCCCCAGCUCCGCCCGCCAGACCCACCGGACCAGGACAGCACAUCUGCGCCGCCACGAGGGACACGGAUCCGCGCCCUGGACACAGCCGGCGGCCCCUAGGACAAGGGGCAUCGUGGCGGCAGCUUCUGCGCAUCUUUGAGGCGAAUGGCUCAGGAGUUGAAAUUCAGGAGGAUGUCUCUCGGCGACCUUUUGCGGAGUCAUGCAAGCUGCUGAAUGACUCCACCUUGCCAAGAAGUGAAAAGUCCUUCAUUAAAGCACCAGUGAAGGAGACAGAAAUGUAUACAAAAAUGGAGAGUGAGGAAUAA